AUGGCCAGCAUCAUCAAAGACGACAAGGCCGCGGGCCUGCAGCCCACGGUGACGGCAACCGAGCAGUUGUACGCCAUCACGCCUACCACCACGUCGACCACGAACGAAAAGAAGGAUGUGGUGAGCAGUGAGCUCCACCGCAAUUCGAGUGUAUCGGCACCCAGCUCCGUCCACAAUGGCAACCCCUUCGACACCGACAUUGAGGCUGCCGCCUUGUCAAGAUCAUGCGACAACCUCAACCAGCUCAAGACCACAUACACCGGUCGGACAUUGCCAAACCCCAACUGCACCGUCUGGCCCGGCCAGGAGCAUUGGAGGCAAAAGGCAAAAGCCCAGAAGCGCAAGAACCGCACUUGCAACUGCAUGGCUGGCUACAGUAGACGGACACGGAUCAUCCUCAAGAUUCUCAUCAUCUUCCUGAUCAUCGGCAUCGCGGUCGGAGUUGGCUUUGGCGUGAGCAAGCCCCUCGGCGCUGGCAUCUGGAAGCCCAAAGACUCUUGA